UUUACAUAGCAACUCAAACAAGGAAGUGAUUAAACUUAAUUUAAAAAUGGCCGUAGACGGGCGUAAAUUUAACCAAAAUUUGUAUCAUGGUUCGGACAUAGAACAUGAUUUUCCGUGUUUACCGUGCACUAAAGAAGGGAAGAAUGUAGCCGCUAUCAAACACUGUGUGGAAUGUGACGAAAAUCUUUGUCAAAAAUGUGUUGGUGAUCACAAUAAGUUUUCAGCAAUGAGAGGUCAUCAGUUACUAGACACGGUGAAACAACCGAGCGGGAACAAGCAAGAAUUACCAAGUCAAAAAUGUGAAAAACAUGGAGGAAAAUUGAUAGAUGUCUACUGCCCUGGUCAUGAUAAGGUUGGCUGCUCAACUUGUAUGACCGUUGAACACAGAAGCUGUACAGACAUUACCUUCAUACCAGACUUAGCGUGUAAGACUGAUACCAUUCAGGCAAUGAAGCUCCUCGAAACCGAAAUAAACACACUUAAAUCCCGCUUCAUGGCGUUAAAACAAAAGAAAGUGAAGGAACUGGAUAAUGCAAGAAAAGAAAAAAGUCAAUUGAUUAAAGAAAUAAAAUCAGAAAGGAAGAAUAUCAACGACCGCUUAGACAAGAUGGAAAUGGAACUUCUUCAAGAAGUGGAUGCAACCUUCCAGACCAAACUGAAACAUAUAGAGGCAAACAUGAAAGAAGUUGAUGCGCGGAUCGCUGCACUACAAGAAAGUCUUCAGAAGAUAAAUUUUGCUAAACAUGAAAACGAAUCAGAGAAAUAUGUACAGGUGAAACGUAUCAAGAAGAAAUAUAAUAAUUCAAUGGAUUGUUUAAAAGACUUUGAAAGGCCAAGCAAAACAGGCACAUUACGGUUUGAUCCAUACCGGCAUGAGACUGAUUCGGAAUGCAAUGCUAUCGGAAGCAUACUUCAUCUUCCAGCCAUUGAAGUAGACAACAGUUUUGGUGAAUUUAAUGUACGGAUAGAAGAUGACAAGGAGUCGUGUCGGAUAACUGACAUGUGCAUGUGCGAAGACGGUUGUAUUGUACUGAGUGAUUACAGCAAUAAGAGGAUCAAGAAGAUUAAUGAAUCAUUCCAGGUCGUAUAUUCGCUGAAUGUCACUGACAAUCCUGUUGGCAUUUGCCAAGUGGGAACAUCAUUGCUUGCCGUUACUCUUAUUAAUGAUAGAAAAGUUCAGUUUAUCUCUCAAAAAGAUACAAUGGAGUUACAACAGUCGUUCGAAGUCGGUGAUAGAUGUCGGGAUAUUGCUUACAGUGACGGGCUGAUCUAUGUUUGUUGUGGCGGAUCAAAGACUUUUAAAGAAAGUGUUGGUCAUCUUGAGGUAUAUUCAUUUACAGGAACAUUGCUUAAAUCAUACUAUGGUGAGAUUAAAUAUCCUUUACGUCUAGCAUUUCUACGCUCUUCAGUGAAGAUGUUUGUGACUGACAGGUAUAAAGGUAUCCUUCUCAUAGACGAAACGGGAGGCAUGACAAACAUUAAUGUAGAUAACAAAGUAUUCUCUGAUGCUGAAGGUAUCUGUAAGAUAAACAAGAGUCAGUUCUGUGUUGCUUUUUAUCUAUCACACAAUGUUCUUUUGAUGUCAUGUGACGAAAAGGAUCAAAUAGAACUAUUGGCAAGAAAUAAUGGAUUACAAAAUCCUAGGGGUUUGUGUUUCGAUUACAAAAGGUCGAGGCUUCUUGUCUAUUGUCAUAAAAGUGACAAAAUAAUGGUUUAUACUUUAAAAAUAACUGAUUGAUUUGUCAAUAAGGAAAAAAAGCUUUGUGAUAUUUAGAGCGUUUCAGUGUUGUCUCGUUGAAAUCAGAUCAAAUUACCGUUUGUGAAAUGAGGAAGAUAUGUGUAACUGAAAAUAUUUUGUCUUGUGAAAAAAAAAUGGAAUGUUUUAACACUUUACUGCAAAAAUAUAGCUAAUGAUCAGAUAAAUAUUAAAUUCAAUUAUAUGUUCGGUGUUUUUUUGCAGUCGUUUUAUAUGCUAUAAGUCUAAUUCAUUUUUUUAAAUUUAAGAUGUUCAUGUAAUUUAAUAGAUGACUUCAAAUAAUUAUGAGCAUAGAGACUAUCAAUCGCAUCAUCUCGGUUCUUUCCGACAAAUUUCACACGAGGGGUUCCGAUUGACAGACUACACAAAGCAUUAUACACUAUGUUGUAUUCAUCAAAAACUUUUUCUGAUGAUUGUUUAUUUUUGAAUGGUUCUAAUAAGUUUACUGGAACUUGAUGAAAUUCAAUGCUGAAAAAAUAUAUUGUUGAAAAGGAAGAAAUUAUGCACUAAUAAAGUAAUAUCUGUAAUGAAAAGGUUUUGAACUUAUUCUGAUAAAAUAUUAAGCACUUUAUAAAUAAAAAUGUAGAAAGGAAUAAAAACCUUAAGGACUUUUAAGAAGUUAAAUAAAUACAAUUAGCAAUAUUAAGAAAACUACUUGUUGCCAUAUCUUUUGAAUUGUGAAUAUUAUUAUAAUUAAUAAUUAUGUACAUUGUUAAUGACUGUUUUCGUCUAUAUAUAUCUAGAUUGAUGUUUUUUUGCACAAACAAAUAUACUUCGUUUAACAGUUUGCACAUAUGCCUUCCGUAGCAGUAUCUAUAACAAAUAUCUAAGUUCUUUCGAAAAUAAUCUUAAAAAAUGUGCAAUAAAAAAUAAUGUCGCUCAAAACAAAAGUCUCCUCCAAGUGGGAACAAUGCUCGCUUUUUUCUUACUUCUUAAGUCAAACACAUAGAAGGAAAAUAUUGUAGUAAAGAAUUCCGUUUGACAACAUAAUUUUCUUGUACAACAUAUAAUUCAAAAUUCAUAUUUGAGAUAUAAAGUCAAGGUCAUUCACAGAUUAAGGUCAAACUAAAAUUAUUCAACAUGUCAGUGUGGUCGUAUUUGUUGUUGUACCAUUUAUGAAUUCAGACAAUGAUUCAAAUCGCUCCGACCAUGAUAUAAUAAUGAAAACUUGUUUGCGUUAUUGUUGUCGCGAAUGUAACAUAUUUAUUUCUACAAGAUUGUAAAAGACAUAUUUUCUAUAUCUUAUGUUAAAUUUCACGUAAAAGAUGAUUAAAUUGUAACAUAAUAACUUAUGUUUUGAUUAUCAUUAAAAGAAUACCAUGUUACUUUCUUUUUUAGCUCACCUGAGCUAGCUCAGGGUGAGCUUUUAGGAUCGUUGAAUGUCCGUCGUCCGUCCACACAUGUUCGUUAACACUCUAGCGGUCACAUUUUUGCCUCAAUCAUCAUCAAACUUUGUCAGGAUGCUUGUCUAGGUAAUAGCUCGGAUGAGUUCGAACAUGGGUCAUUUCAGAUGAAAAACUAGGACACGGGAGCUAAAAAUAGAAAAACCUUGUUAACAUUCUAGUUGUCACAUUUUUGAUUCAAUUAUCAUAAACUUGGUCAAGAUGUUUGUCUUCGUAAUUGCUCGGAUGAGUUUCAACAUGGGUUAUCUCGGAUGAAAAACUAGGUCACAGGAGCUAAAAAUAGAAAAACCUUGUUAACACUCUAGAGGUCACAUUUUUUAAUCAAUUGUCAUCAAACUUGGUCAGGAUGCUUGUCUCGGUAACUGCUCGAAGAGUUCGAACGUGGGUCAUCUCGGAUGAAAAUCUAGGUCACAGGAGCUAAAAAUAGAAAAAUCUUGUUAACAUUCUUGUGAAAACUGUUUUGAUCCAAAUAUCCUAGAAAUUAGUCUGGAAGUUUGUGUGGAUGAUUUCUGGGUCAAGUUUGAACAUGGGUCAUCUCGGAUGAAAAACUAGGUCACACCGGCCAAAUAUGGAUAAUCCUUGUUAACACUCUAGUGGUCACAUUUUGACUCACCUGUCAUGAAACUUGGUCGGAAUGCUUGUCCAGGUAAUUGUUCGGAUGAGUUCGAUGGGUCAGGUGAGCGAUCUAGGGCCAUCUUGGCCCUCUUGUUUUUCAAUUUUUCAAAUUCACAAUGAUUUUCUAUAUAAAUGUGCACAUAAAAAUAUUACUCUAUAUUAUGAAUAAUUAUUAUUAUGAAUAUAAUAUUUGACUUACAUAUAAAUAUAAAAAUAUUAAAAAAAUGAAAAUAGGAAGAUAACUGGCUUAGUGCUAUUCAAAUUGACGAUUCA